UAUGAUCGAAGAAACAGCUGCAUUCACAAGGAAUAGUCCAGUAUUUCUGUCGAAAGAUCUUUGCAAACUUUUUUUGUAUUUCUCAAUCUUCUCGUACUUUCGUGUAAAACGGAAUCAAUAUAGGCGGCAGAAAGAAUAUUCGGAUGUGUAUUGAAUGGAAUGUAAUUUGGUAGUGCGGGCAACUGGGCGGAUGGAAACAUUAAGCGUGGGUCACUGAAAAUAUUUAUUACCGCAUUAUGUAUAUAUCAGUCUAUUUAUAACCACGCCAUUAUGCCUACAUAAAGCACUGCGUUUCAAGAAAAACUACAUUGAGUACAGUACAGGACAGAACUCUGAUUAUAACCUAAGUUGCCGUACUGAAUUGGCUGGAAAAGAACUCGCAACACUUGCUAGAACAUAUUAAAUCAUGCUGACCAACUCAUCAUGGAAGAUAUCUCUUUUUGUAUUGAUGACUUACGCAAUUAGUCUGGUUGAACCAAUGAGUAUUUUCGAACAAUCACGCUCAUUGUCGAGAUCCAAUGAGAAACAAACUGGCAUGGAAAUGAAAAACAUUAAAUCAAAAAGCUGGAAUGACCUGCGACAUCAGCUAUUAAAAAACCAUGAAACUAUAUUUGAAGAAGGAACGCUGGAAGAGCAUCAGAGAAAAAGAAGAUCAGUUGUUGUUCUCAAGCCAACAAACUCCCGCAAAGCUCAGCUACUUUCGUGCAAAUUAUUAAAUUAUAAUUUGGCAAUAAUGGAUGAUGGAAAGGUCAUUGGUGUGAAAAAUCAAUCCAGUCCUAAUGUUGUGUUGGACUUAGAAAGAUAUGAAGGAGGAUUAGCAACUAUACAGAAUCCCAAAAACAAAAGAUAUAUUGCGAUGAAUAGUAAUGGUACUGUAUAUUCAACGAAAACGUUUUGUGAGGACGUCCUCUUUAGAUAUUUGACAGGACAUUUUCCAUAUAUUCAGUUUUCAUCUUAUAAAUAUAAACACAACGGAAAGGCAAUGUUCAUUGGAUUACGAGCCGAUGGAACGACGAAAAAGGGAAAAAAACUUUCAUCCACUCAUAAAAGUUCACAGUUCUUAAUGGUAGCCAAAAUAUAAUCUUACAUAUGACAUACAAAUUUAUAUUAUAGAUGCAUGGUUUGCAUCCACCAAUAUGAACAUCACUGGAAAAAGCAUUCUUUGAGUCACAAAAAAUUUCACACAAAAAGUUAAUCUUUAAAGUUCAGAAAACUCAAAUUUUCGGCUUUAGAAACUCCUUUGGCCUGCCUCGUUUUCAGGCUAUUGUUUUGUGGGCACUCAAGCAAAA